AUGUCGCUCUCAGGGAAGGUUAUCUUGAUAACUGGUGCCUCGAUGGGCAUCGGUGCUGCCAUCGCCUACCAAUUAGCCAGAAAAUCAGCAACACUUGUUCUCUUGUCCCGCUCCUCCGACAAGCUUGCAAAGCUAAGCAGCGAGCUUCAGGCAGUCCACGGCGCUGGCCCUGUUCAUUACUUCGCCGUCGACGUCGGAAAGCAUUCCCAGAUCACCGAGGCGAUCAAGGCCAUCGUCAAGCAACUUGAUGCUCCAAUUGAUAUUCUCAUUAAUAAUGCUGGGCUCGCUCUUGCCGCACCUAAGCUCUUCCCUGAGCAGAACAUCAAUGACAUCACCACCAUGAUUGACACCAAUAUAUAUGGAGUUCUCUACACCUCUCAUGCAGUCCUGAACGAGGGUCGUAUGCUUGCUGCAGGGCGUGGUCAGAUCAUCAACAUUACGUCAGUGACCGGCCUUGAGUGCCCGCCAUUUCCUGGCGAGGCAGUCUAUCACACGAGCAAAGCUGCCCAGGAGGCCUUUACGAACAUAUUGAGAAAUGAGCUGAAAGAAACGGACAUCAAGGUUCUCGCUGUGAGACCAGGGGUAGUGGCCACGAACUUCCACGAGCAGAGGGUUGGGCAUGACAAGGAGAUGUAUGAGGAGUUCAUAGAGGGCUACGAGCCACUUGUCGCAGAUGAUGUUGCGGAAACUGUGGCUUGGGUGCUGGAGAGACCGGACAGGGUGAACGUGAAAGCACUAGAUGUUGUACCCACAGCCCAGAGGAGCUUGACUGUUUUCGAUCGGAAUUGGAACGACAGGAAAGCAUCUCGGGGUUAG